CCCGCUGCGUCCAACCAGUCCUCGCCCCCGCUUCGGCCCGCAGAGCUCGCCCCUUCCCCACCCGCAGACAUGUCUGAGACCAAGAGCAGUCCCGAGUAUGCUUCGUUUUUCGCCGUCAUGGGCGCCUCCGCCGCCAUGGUCUUCAGUGCCCUGGGUGCUGCCUAUGGCACAGCCAAGAGUGGCACCGGCAUCGCUGCUAUGUCCGUCAUGCGGCCGGAGCUGAUCAUGAAGUCCAUCAUCCCAGUGGUCAUGGCUGGUAUCAUCGCCAUCUACGGCCUAGUGGUGGCAGUCCUUAUCGCCAACUCCCUGAAUGAUGGCAUCAGCCUCUACAGGAGUUUCCUCCAGCUGGGCGCUGGCCUGAGUGUGGGCCUGAGUGGCCUGGCAGCUGGCUUUGCCAUCGGCAUUGUGGGGGACGCCGGCGUGCGGGGCACCGCCCAGCAGCCCCGACUAUUUGUGGGCAUGAUCCUGAUCCUCAUUUUCGCCGAGGUGCUCGGCCUCUAUGGUCUCAUCGUGGCCCUCAUCCUCUCCACAAAGUAACCCCUUUCAAGCUCACCAGCCACAGAAUAUGAUGUAAAGACCACCCCCUCCUCAUUCCAGAACGAACAGCCUAACACACGCACGGGGCAACUGCCCUCAGUAGUUGGUCUUGUAAAUGCGCAGUGUCCUAGUGCCCAUUGUCUGUUGCCCUGGCCUUGCCCCCACCUGCCCCGUGCCGUGGACAUCUGGGCCCACUUAUCACCCAUCCAGGCCCUGCCCAGUGAGGACGCAGGCCUCCAGCUGUCCCCACCCAUCUGCCCUAGAGUGCUCUGUGUAUAAGGAUGAAUUAGAGUUGUCAUUUUCUCUUCACUGGAUGUUUAUUUAUAAAGAUUUGAUCUGUUCAUACGUCUGUGGAGCAGCCCUUGUCUCCCAACUAUAUAGUAAUCUUUAGGUAGAGUGUCACCUUGUGGGGUCCCGUUGCUGAGACUUGCUUGGAUGGAACCACCCUGUCCAGCCGGGCUGCCAGACCCCGCGCCGGAGCUGUUUCCAAUAAAGUUCUCGGAUGUUA